AUGUCAGAAAUAGUCUAUGAUGAAAAUUUCAUACGAAAUUUUCUAAAAAAAACAAUUGAAGAUAUAGCGACUCCAUUUAUAGAAAGAAGAAUCAACUCAGGAGGCCAUAAAGAAAACCUUCAAGAUGAAAUUAUAGAGCUUUUAUAGAUUAUAAAUGAAAAUGAAGAGUAGAUUAAGACAUUGAUAUAGUUAGGAUAUUAUCUUUUAGAAAGAGGAUAAGAAAAUGUAUAGGAAAAGUAAAAUGAAAUGGAGAAUCUAUAGUAACAAAUUUAUGAUUGCGAGACAUAAAUUGAGUUUCAUAAGCAAAGUGUUCACGAAUAUUAAAGAUUAUAUCAUGAACAACUUGAAAAAAAUAAUAGACUACAGGAUACUAUUGCUUAAAUUGAAAGCGAGUCUACAAGCAACUAAAAAGCUUAUGAGAAUAUCAAAAAAGAACUUCAAAAACUGAGAACUCAAUCUCAAAAAAUGGGAAAACCUGAAGAUUUGGAAAACCUAAAACAAAAUCUUUUGCUUCAUUAGCAAGAAAACACAGAUUUAAAAAGUUAACUUAGCUAAUAAAAGACAGAUAAUAAACAAUUAAGAGAUGAAUUUAGUAAUUUAACAAAGACUUACGAAAAGUAAAUUAAAAGUAUGGAGAAAGUCGAAUAUGAAAACAAAAACUAAAAGAAUGUAAUUAAAAACUUGGAGUUUAAGGUCAAAGAACAGAAGUCUAAGAUUUAAUAGCUAGAGGAAUUAGUUAGCAUUUAGAUUAAAGAAAUUGAGGAAUUAAAGAAAUAAAAUAAUUCCUUAGAGAGAGAUAUAGCUUCAUUAGUAAAUAAAGGAACUUAAAAUUCCGUUUCAUCACCUAAAAGUAUUAGUAAGGCUGAUUUAAUAGCUUAGCAAUUAUUCACUGAAUUAAAAUCUUGUGAUGAACCAGGCUUACUUGAAAACAGAGGAAGUGGUAAUUUAACUCCUUCCUCAGCCUCAACAGCUGUAUCAAAUGCUAACACAUAGGUAAGCAGCCAAAAUAACAUCAGUAUAACAAAUAAAGAAAACGAAAAUAAAAAGAAUAGCAUGUAAAUUUUCCUUUAAGCUCAUGGUAAUUUGCUUUCAGAAUUAAAGGAUUUCAAGGAUGGCGAAAUGUUUAAUGAAAAUGCUAAUGUAACCCGAAAUUCUCCUAGAGCUAGAUCAAAUUCUAAAGAUAAAAUUAAAUUGGAUGCAAAUAAUUUGAAAACAACAGGAAAAGUUACUAAUAGUAAACCACAACCCAUAAGAAGAGAUCCUUACGAGGAAUUUUUUAUGCUAACAUCUUAAUGUGUUAAGCUCAACUCUCCUUUCUUAGACGAUAUAUUGGCCUUGGAUUGCUCUGGCUACUACAAACAAGUUUUAGAACAAUAUAUUCCAUAUCAUAAAUGGUAUAAAUGGAUAGAAGAGAAGCUUUACUCAAUUAGAAAGUAAUUAUUAUAAGAAUAAUAAUAAGAUUUAUUACAACAUUAACUCAUUUAAUAUUGA